AUGUGGAGAAGGCUCGCUAUCCAGAUGCGGUCUCUCGGCCCCGCCCGAUCCCCUGCCCGUUGUGUCCCCGUGUCUUCGAUUGCUCCAGCGAAUGGGCCAUUCGCUUCCUGCACUCGUCACAUCUCGACGGAACCCGUGGGGAAUGCGACUGCCUUUAGGAUUGAGGAUGUAAUGCCGAUUGCUACUGGUCAUGAACGCGAGGAGCUUGAGGCUGCGCUUAAAGGAAAGAAUCUUCAAGAAAUUGACUACCCAGAGGGUCCCUUUGGCACGAAGGAAGCACCUGCUGUGAUCCAGUCUUAUUACGACAAAAGGAUUGUGGGGUGCCCUGGUGUUGAAGGCGAGGAUGAGCAUGAUGUUGUUUGGUUUUGGCUGGAGAAGGGCAAGCCUCAUGAGUGCCCAGUUUGCUCACAGUAUUUUGUGCUGGAUGUGGUGGGCCCAGGUGGAUCUCCAGACGGUGGACAUGAAGAUGACGAGGUCCAUCAUCACUAA